UAACUCCCUUCCCCUUUUUCCUUGCUUUCUUUUGUUUUCCUUAGCUUCAAACAGCAAGAGAAACAAAGGAAGGUAUUUGGGUAUCUGAUUGAUUGCAACAAUUCUCUCUCUCUCUCUCUCUCUCUAUGAAUCCAUCAUUCUCUCCGAUUUCUUUCAUUCAUCUUCAUCUCACCAUCAACAAUUCUUUCUCCAUCUAACGCAUCUUCUUGAUUGCAUCAAAGCGCAAGUUUUCAAUUUUUGAUUCAGAUAUCGAUGUUUACGUGGUAUGAGGUAUGUUACUUGGAGAUGGAACAAGGCACAUUGCCUAGGGCUUAAAAAGUUGGUUCCUUGAGGUGAGGUUUCAUGGGUUGAACACAAGGAACCAUGGUUAGCUUAAGCCAAGACGAAGAAUAUCGAUUUUUUGAUGCCCAAGAUAGCAUUGCAUCAACGGCUACUGAUUCAGUUUCUAAGUUUCAUCAGACUCCUGUUUGUAAGCAUGGUUUUAAUGGUUUCCAAUAUGAUUUUUGGGUUAAGACUCCAGCAAGUGUUCAAGAUCGAAAAAAUCAGUUUCUUAAAUUUAUGAGUUUAAGCUCAGAUGAUGAAAUUACAGCAGAUGAUUCAGGCGAUGAUGAUGAUGUUUUGAAAGCAAGAUUUAGUAAUAGAAUCAUGGAGAAUAGUGAUGCUGUUUUGAGAAGCCCCAUGUAUGAAGAAAUGUCUUCUAGUACAUCCUCUGUUUCAAGUUUGUGUCAGGAUGCUUCAGAUUCGUCCAGAAUGAUGGUUUCCAAAGAGAAUUUCAUUUGCAGAGCUAAUAAUAAUUCAAAUGGCAGUACAGGAUGCAGAGAAGAAGAAGAAGAAGCGGGAGGCAAUUCAUUGAUCCGUAUAGAUAAUGUUUCAUCUCCAUUGGUUCAGAAACUUGUAGAGAGACAAAUCAAGGUUGCUGGCACGAUGGCUAGGACGAUGAACAGAGUAAAAAGUCAAUGGUUGAGUAGAUUACGGUCCAUGACAUGUGUUGUAGAUAGGCAGGGGAGAUGUGAUGGUUUGAGCCCUGAUGGUGCUGGUCAGGUUCACAGGACUAGGGUUCAAAGGGUCAGAGUUCGCCAAAGUAAGAAGAGGUUGAAGGAACUCUCGGCUGUGUUUACUGGUCAAGAUAUCCAGGCGCAUCAAGGUUCAAUCUUGACUAUGAAAUUUGGUCGUGAUGGGCGUUAUCUUGCUUCUGCCGGAGAGGAUGGAGUUGUGCGAGUUUGGCAAGUUGUGGAAGAUGAUAGAUCAAAUGAUAUUGACAUUCCUGAUAUUGACCCCUCUUGCAUAUAUUUCACCGUGAAUCAACUUUCCGAAUUAGCUCCUAUAAUGGCUGAAAAACAGAAAAUGAGUAUGCUCAAGAGCCUAAGAAAAACUUCGGAUUCAGCUUGUGUCAUUGUUCCCCCAAAGGUGUUUCGGAUAUUGGAGAAGCCUGUACAUGAGUUCCAUGGACACAAUGGCGAAAUCUUGGAUCUCUCAUGGUCCAAUGAUAACCGUCUUCUAUCAUCAUCAGUCGAUGAAACAGUGCGUCUGUGGAGAGUUGGGAGCGAUCGAUGCCUUAAAGUCUUUCCACACAGUAAUUAUGUGACAUGUGUUCAGUUCAACCCUGUGGAUGAAAGUUAUUUCAUAAGCGGGUCAAUUGAUGGAAAGGUUCGGAUAUGGUCCAUUGGUUCUUCCCAGGUUGUGGAUUGGACAGACAUACGAGAUAUAAUCACUGCUGUCACUUACAAUCCUGAUGGCAAGGGUGGAAUUAUUGGAUCCAUGACGGGCUGUUGUCGGUUUUUCUGUUUGUCAGAUAAUCAUUUCCAACUGGAAGCCUCGGUCUGCUUAAAUAGUAAAAAGAAGUCGCCUUGCAAGAGGAUUAUUGGCUUUCAGUUCUGUCCACAAGAUCCAAGCAAAGUGAUGGUGACUUGUGCUGAUUCCCACAUCAGAAUUCUUCAUGGGAUCAAUGUCAUUGGGAAAUACAAGGGCCAAAGAAAUGCUGGAAACCAGUUCUGUGCAUCGUUCACCUCAGAUGGGAAACACAUUGUUUCAGCAUGUGAGGAUUCUAAUGUUUAUAUUUGGAACUGCCGCAACCAGAAGGAACCUUCGGUUUAUCAACAAAAGACAGUUAGGUCAUUCGAGUGCUUCUCGAGUGACGCCUCAGUUGUGUUACCUUGGUCUGGCCUGAAAGUUAGUACAAGCUCAGGAAAUGGUUGGAACUUAGAAGAGGGUUUGCCCAACUCAUUGCCCUUUUCUUCACCUAGUUAUUUCUCUCUAGGUCAGGAGUUCUUUUUAGAAUCGAUUCCAAAAGGAUCUGCAACUUGGCCUGAAGAGAAGCUUCCCACUUCCAGUCCACCUCCUCCAGGUGUUUCAUCUCCAUUGUGUAAAUCCGAAUACAAAUUCUUCAAAUCUUCGUGCCAGAGCUCGGCCAGUAGUCAUGCAUGGGGUCUGGUUAUUGUUACAGCAGGGUGGGAUGGGCAUAUCAGAUCAUUCUUGAACUAUGGGUUACCAGUAACCCUUUAAUUUGAGAUAUAUGUAUAUGAACAGAAGAGAAGAGGAGACACACCAUUAAAUUGGAUGGAUGGAUGGAUGGAUGAUGAAGAAGAGCUAGAGGUGAGGCUGCCGUAUCUUGAUUGGGGGGGUUGGGUUGGGUUGGGGCAAGAAAGAAAAAUGGUAAUGUGGUGGGGUCAAAUGAAGAUGGUGCAUAUCUGGGUGGGGCUGGGAUGAAGCUCUUCCAUUUGUUGUUGAAAAAUGGGAUGGGUGAGAGUGUUAAUGAGUUGAUUUGGGGGUAAGGUUAGUAUCCAUUUAUGGUGUUUUGGGGAGUUAUGAUUGAUCGAGUUUUGUCUGCCAUUUUUUUGUACAACCUGGAAGUGGGGUCAAAACUUAAUUGGGCAGCUAGCUUUUUUCUUUUUUCUUUUUAAUUUUAAUUUUAAUUUUAUAUUUUUGAUGCCAAAAGCAACCUCUUCUUGGGAUAUCCCUUGUUUUUUUUUUAUCACACACACUGACCAAAGUCAUAUAUUGUCUUAAUUCAGUUGCUAACCAAGUUGGAAGGUGAUGUUUUGGCUGACCCGCAUCUACAUCUAAUAUUUAUACAAAUUUGCCUUGUGCUUAUUAUUAUC